AUGCAACACGGGAGUGCUUCUGUAUCGAAGUAUUCGAAGGAUUUGCAGUGCCGAUCAUUGCAUCGGCUGAAGCGCGAAAGACCUAGCGAUGCACCACAAGUCUCGAAAGGCGUACCUUCAUAUGAAGUCACCAGAGUUGUGGCUACGGUGUCAUCUUCAACAGUAUCGGAUUCAAAGAGACCGCGUUUACAUUCUUUUUCCAAAACUCAAUCUGAAAAGUUGGGAUUGAAACUAUCUGGUCGAAUCUCACAUGUGGUGCUGGAAGAGUGCCUGAAAUGCACAGAAAAUGGCGAUAAGUUGGGGGUAUUUUCACGCUUGCGAGAAUUCUUCGGAGAACAUUUGUCUGUUCUCAGUGUUGAUUCAAGGUUUUGUUGUGCUAAACUUUUGAUUCAAAUAGCAAGAGCUUCAAGAAUUGUGGCCAUAACUAAUACUUGUUUACUAUACGCGCUUCAUAUUUGCAAAUCAGUUGACAUGAAGCAAAAUAUAUGGGACGAAAUCGUAGUACUGAUGGCCAAUGAUAAGGAUAAGAGGGAAACAAGUAUAUUUCACCGACCUGCUACAUAUGCAUCAUUGUUAGCUCUUUUUGAGUGGGCACUAUCUGAAGGCUUAAAAAUGGGUCAGUAUAUGCAGCAAAUGAAUUGUAUGGCUGAAGAGAGUAUGCGCUCAACCGACCAAAACAAUCGUAUCGCCGCUGUUAAUUUUUUCGUGACUUGUUUGUUAAAAAGUAAGAUGCAGUGCUCAGUACAGGAGUUUCUAUGGCUCGAAAAACUUUUAUCGAAAAUGGCUGAAGAUCGUGAUUCUCGGGUGCGAAUAGCUGCAGUUAAAGGUCUUUCGACAAUGGCUGCCAGUGGUCGUUUACUCAGUUUUUCUAUUUAUCAGCAAGUGAAAAAUUUAUGUGAAAACUCGUCAAAAAUAGUUCGAACAGAAGCAUUGUAUAUAUUAAAACUAUUCGCAGAUCAUCGUCCCGAAACGGAAGUCAUUGGCCGAAAUGGUGCAAAACUUCGAUUAGUUGACGAUGCAUUUGCUGCUGUGUGCCACGCAAUCAAUGAUGUUGAAGUCACUGUUCGUGCUAUUGCUGCUCGACUUUUGGGUGACUUCCAACAAAUGUCAAAAACACGUGAUGGUGUUUCAAAAAAACCUCAAGCAUACGGAUUACGACGUCGCCGUUUACAAGCAACAAGUGAAUGGUCAACGGGGAAGAAACUGGGAGAAGAUGUUCCAGUAGAGAGGUUCGAUGAAGAACAAGCUAGCAUCAUUUCUUCGGGAGCUUGUGGUGCUUUCGUUACAGCAUUGGAAGAUGAAUUUAUGAUUGUUCGUCAGGCUGGUGUUUAUUCUCUAGGCCAGUUAGCAUCUGCUCGUCCAUUCUUAGCUGCUGCUGCUUUAGAUCAUUUAGCUGAUAUGUUCAACGAUGAGAUUGAGCAGGUGCGCCUAGAUGCUGUACGCGCCUUGACGCCGUUGGUUGUUCAUGGAAUAUUACAGAAAGAGCAACUCGACACUAUAUUGACCGUUCUGGAUGAUGCUUUCCCAGAUAGUAGAGAAGCUUUGCGUGUACUUUUAUCAAGAUCAACGUUGGGUACUCCUGAUUGCCUUCUAUAUGUUGCCAAAGCAUUACUUAAUUGUAUGAGAAGAUUCCCGAUUGAUCGUCAAUCAAUUUUCAAAUGUAUGAGUGAUCUUGGCCGUCAUCAUGCGACAUUCGUACAACUUUUGUCAGAUGAACUGCUGGAAUUGCAUCCUGUCUUCGAUAUUACAGAACCAGCAGUUGAUGAUCAGUUCUAUUUGGCGAAGCUUAUAUUAAUACUAAAUGCGGCAAGUGUUCAUGAUCCCAUAUGUUCGUUAUUGCCAGCGUUUGCUGUUCGCCAUUAUAAAUUUUUGCGCUGCUCAAUGCCUCUUUUAGUGCCUGCGAUUGACGCAUUUUCGGAUGAUAAUACUUCGAACACAAAUAAUAUUUCUAUGAAUAAAAAAUUGGCAGAAGCUGGAGAGCGAACUCGUGCCAUUCUGGAGCGUACAUAUGAAAUGAUGCAAGAAGCUUCUCAAUCCCGAUCUUAUCAACAACGAAUGAUUGAAAAAAAACUUUUACUGAAAGAUAUGAAUGCAUUGUGUGAAGGUGAUGAAGGAGUAGCUGGUACGGCACAAUUUUUGUCUUGCUUAUUAAAAAUCCUCACGCAGUAUGAACUCAGUGUUAAAAUUCUUUCAUAUGGUGGUGAUUUAGAAACUGCACUCAACGCUAUUGAUGAGGGUUUUAGACUUUUGGAGCAUAUUGAUAAUAACUUUUCGUCUGUGGAUAAGAUGAUGUUAGGCACACUGGAAGAAUUUCAUUUCCAACUUUCAAUUUUACGCCUGGCAGCAUUAUUUGAUAUAAAACCUGGAGCUUACACAAAUGCAGCGCAGCUUAUCGAAGUGGAAGUGAUUCGAUUUAAAGAAAGAUGUCGAUCACUGACAGUGUCUCCAAGUGAAUCCACUGCUGAAGUGUUAAUUGGUGUUGAAAAGCUUAUUGUGGCAACACAAGCGAAGAAAUUCAUUAGCGGUUCAAGUCUAACUGCUUUAUUGCAAUCUCAUGCUGUUCUAUUGCAGAAGAAAUUUGCAUCGCUUGGCAGCAUUUCUGUUAAAUGGGCUCAGAUUGUUGAACCAUCGGAAACUCCCAGUGAGCCAGUGUGUUUUGUCGCUGGAUUGCCACUUGGAAUCCCCAUGAAUAUUCUGUUACAUAAUUUUAGCAAAAAUGAUAUUUCUCGAUUCAGAAUAAAGACAGAUUAUCCGGAUCGAAGUUCAGUUCUAUUCUGCCCUCGAGAAAGUGAGUUCAAAAAGAUUGCUGCGCAGACUUAUCGACUUCUCUGCAAAGUACUAGUUCAGGCAGAUAAUAUAUGGUCAGACUCAGCUCGAGUUCAUUUUGGAUGUGUGCUGAAAUCUCAACAAUUUACGGAUGCGAUGCCAUCAUUAGUAAUUAGCUGUACUCGUUCACUGUGCAUUCCGGUAGCGGAAUCACCGUUUACAAACAAGCAAGCAACCAUGGAAAUUCCCAUACAGCCUGUUCAAGCAAAAGCUAGUUGCUAG